UCGGCAACCCGCGGCCCGCGGGCCGCAUGCGGCCCGCGGCUCACUUCCUUGCGGCCCGCGACUGUUUUGUAAAAUAAACUAUAAUUUUCAAAUUUUACCUAAAUUGAUUGAAGCGUUUGAAUAUCGGGGAGCGCAAGCGUCUUUUUUUUGGGAGCUUGGCCACUUGAUCGUUCCGCGUUCGACCGUCGGGGCUCGGGGCGAAGAGAGUGCGGGUAGGGGAAUACGUCGUUGGUUUUCAAGCCGGGUGCGAAGUCAAUUGCCGCCCGCGCUCUGUCUGUACUGGUUGAUUGUGUGUUUUAAACCACGCGUCGUAUUUCGUCGUUCGUCAUCGUGUUUUAAAUCGUAAUAUACAAUUACUACUUUGCUGGAGUUUUGGUAAGUAUAAGAGGUUUUUUAUAUACUUGUAAUAACAGAGAUAACUAAAUUUUGACACGACACUAACAAAUUGUUAUUUGUUACAGAAAUUACUCUGCAUUGUAGGCUAUAAGUUUUAACAGAUGGCUUCAAAAAAAAGAAGAUUAUUUGAAGAAAAUAGAGUGUUUAACGAUGCAUGGACAGAUUUAUACUUUUUUAUAAAUUAUAAUGAAAAACCACUAUGUUUAAUAUGCCAAAAAACGCUUGCUGUUUCAAAAGAUUUUAACCUAAAACGUCAUUACGAUACUGAGCAUAAAGCUAAAUUUGCUUGCCUAGUGGGUGAUGUACGGAAACAAAAGAUUAACGCUCUCAAAUUAUCAGUAAAGAAUCAACAAAACGUUUUCAAAAUUCAAGUUCAAAGUAAUGAGUCGAAUAUACGUGCGAGUUUAAGGGUAGCGGAAAUACUUGCGAAGUCUGGGCGACCGUUUACCGAUAGUGAAUUAGUAAAAGAAUGUGCCAUAAUUAUGGCUGAGGAGGUGUGCCCAGAUCAAAAAAGAAUGUUUGAAAAUAUUAGUCUAUCUGCCAGAACAUGUACCCGGCGCACUGAAGAUUUGGGCGACAAUUUAUUCGAGCAACUCCGAGACAAGAUAAAACAAUUUGAAUGGUUUUCUUUAGCCACCGAUGAAAGUGAGGACGUUUCCGACACCGCCCAGCUUCUAAUAUUUGUUCGUGGUAUUGAUAAGGACUUCAAUGUCUGCGAGGAACUUUUACAGUUAUGUAGUUUGAAAGGUACGACUACAGGAGAAGAUUUAUUUCGUAGCUUUGAACAAGCUAUGGAAUCAUCGCAGUUACCAUGGCAAAAAUUGGUAAGUGUAACAACCGAUGGGGGCAGGAACAUGAGUGGAGCAAACAAGGGCCUGGUAGGUAGAAUUAAAACUAAACUAGGAGAGAUAGGAUGCCAAAUUCCAUUAUUCUUUCAUUGCAUCAUCCAUCAAGAAGCGUUAUGUUGCAAAGUUCUAGCAUGGAAAGAAGUAAUGGACAUCGUGGUAUCCACAGUAAACUACAUCAGGAAAAAUGGAUUGACACAUCGACAAUUUCAACAAUUUCUUUCAGAUAUUGAAUCACAUCAUCGAGAUGUGUUGUACUAUUCUGAAGUGAGAUGGUUAAGUAGAGGUGCAGUGCUGAAAAGGUUUUUUGAUCUCAUAAAUGAGAUUAACACAUUUAUGAACGAAAAAGGUAAACCUGUUCCAGAGCUUACAGACCCACAAUGGUUAAUAGACCUUGGAUUUUUGACAGAUUUGACUCAUGAGUUAAACACGCUGAAUGUAAGGUUACAAGGAAAAAACAAAUUAAUCUCUGAUAUGCACACAGACGUUAAGUCAUUCCAAACAAAAAAUAAGCUAUUUAUAAAACAUAUUGACGAAAAAAAAUUCGACCAUUUCCCAAACUGUAAAAAGGCUAUCGAGGAAGCUGGAAUAAAUUUUAAUUUUAAAAAUGAUAAAAUGAGAGAUAUUUUAAUACAACUGCAAAAUCAGUUCAGUGACAGAUUUAGCGACUUCGAAAAGGUUUCUAAUGAAAUGAAGAUUUUUGCAAAUCCUUUUUCGUGUGACAUUAACGAUGUACCGAGUCAUUUACAAAUGAACGUGAUUGAUCUUCAAUCUAAUAACAUGCUCAAAAACUCAUUUCAUGAGAUCAAUGAUCGUGUUAAGUUCUAUGGCAGCUUACCUAUUGAAUUCGACGAAUUGAAAAGGUUUGCUCAAAAGUUUAUUACAAUUUUUGGCAGUACUUAUUUAUGCGAGCAAACUUUUUCUAUCCUCAACCAUAGAAAAAAUAAACAUGCUUCCCGACUUACAGAUGAGCACUUGAAAGCUAUUCUUAGAAUUUCAACUACAAAUAUGAAAGCUGAUGUACAAAAAAUAGCCACUCAAAUACAGCCUCAGACAUCACACUGAAUGUAUAAGUACAAGUUCAUUUAUGUUUUUUUAUCUUUGUUCAUUUAUUGUUGUUUUGUCGUUGGCAUAGUGCUACACCCCUAUUAAUUAAUAAAAAAAUAAUUAAAAAGGUUGCAUUUUUAAUAUCACUUGUACAGUAGUGUUCAGUGUGGGAGUUAUUUUCACUUACUUUGGGUUUGAAAAGGAUGUAUGUCCGCACAGGAAACCCGCACCUUUACACUCAUAGUGAGUGAAAGUCAUAUCUGUCGGGCGCACCAUAAGAGUCUAAACGCGGCUUAAUACCUAUACAUGUAAAUAGACAGCCGCCUGUAGCAUUUGUUUAAUUACGUAUUAGUAUUAUUGUGGUGCAAUAAAGAAUAUUGAUUAAUAUACCUAUUAUCAAAACUAUGUAAAAGUGCGGCCCGCCUCUACCUAAUUUUGUCGCCAUGUGGCCCUUAACUGCCAAAAGGUUGCCGA